AACAGGGUUGUGCAGUAGCCCUGGCAAAUCGAAAAGUUGAAUAUCGGUCGAGCUCCAUAAAUUUUUCUCAAAACUCCUUUGCUCCGAAUCUUUUCAAUUAUUAGUUCUGUAAAAAUUGACAAAAAUAAUGGCUGAAAAUUCAGCCAGGGAGGAUACAACACCGCCAGAGGCGGCGAAAAAUGAGAGUGUCAACAAGGGUGAUGAUACGAAACCACUGCGAAUGUCUUUUGCCGAUUGGAAGAAGAAUAAAGAGGCCAAGGAGCAGCCAGAGGAUGCACAAGCAACUCGCAAUAGUCGCAAGAUGCACAAAAUUAACAACAGACAGCCCAACAAUCGCAAUCAAAAUAAUAAUAACAAUAACAAUAACAUCAACAAUUUGUUUCCACCCCUAAGUCGACCACCGCCUUUGCCCUUUCCUUUAAUGUCCAUGGGCUUUGGUAACUUCGGGCACGGACCCGGUCCUUGUGGACCAUCGCCAAUGAUGCCCUCAGGCUGUAACAUGGGCAACAUGAAUAACAUGGGCAAUAUGGGGCCUGGGCCGGGCCCGCGCAACCAUCGACCUUUACAGCCACCACCCUUUUGGGAGGAUAUGAUGUCGCCACAACAUCGACCCCCACCUAUACAACCACCUAUGCCCAAGUGUCCAAGCUCGUGGAAUCUGGUGCCCAGAGAGAAACAAACACAGCAACGGCAACAGAAAAGUAGCCAUAGUCAAAACAAUCAGCCCAACAAGAAAUACAAAGCCAGUACCAACAACCUCAACAACAAGAACAACAUGACUAGCAUUAGCAAUAACAAUAACAAUACUACAAACAAUGCCUUGUUAGACGCGGCACUGAUGCCACCACCACCGCCACCAGGAGGCAGUGGCAGUAGUAGUAACUGCUCCUCCAACAAUUCCUCUACAUCGAAUAAACUUGUCAAGAAGAAAAAAGGCGGCGGGACUUUUGUGCAAAUUGAUGGCAAAUGGAUACAGCGGCCGGAGGCGCCUCCACCAUUGGAAGAUGCGCCGCCGGGCACCAAAGAAGAUCGCCAGCGUCAAUGGCGCGAAUAUCGCCAGGCGAUGAAACCCUUUAAGAAUCGUGAAUUUCAUAAUUGGAAACGCACUGUGCAACGUCUCAGCAAAUUGCCGCGCGAUCAACUGGACGAGAAGCAAUUGGAGCGCUUAGAAAAGGCCGAGGAGUAUAUAGGGGCACAUAAAGCCAUGCUAACUAUAAAGCAUGCGGAGCAGUGGGUGCAGCAGAGCAAUCGUAAAUCGGAAACGGCGGGCAACAAUGGACAGGCUCAGGUGUACGUGCGCAAGCCAGUCAACCCCACAUGGCAAAAGAGCAACGAUCAGAAUACAUUUCAUCGAGGCCCGCCACCCGUACGAAAACAAAUCUUUGGCACUGGACGUGCCAUUAAAGGUGGAAUUGGUGCCGAUAUGGGAAGCAUGCCCAACAAUCCAACGAGGCCGAUUGUGGGUCAGUUCUCGGCGCAAACCGGAUCACCUAUCGGCGGCAGCAGCAGUUACUUUGGCUACAAUAGCCAUCCCUACGUGCCGGAGUCAGACACCAAUAGCGGCGGCAUCGGCAGCGGGGGCAACAGUAGUGGCACCAACUCCUUUUACGCCAAUUACACAUCCAGCUUCAUUAAAGGUGGCACAUUACUGCCACCCUAGAAGGCUGCUCCAACGAUGCCCUGGAGCGAGAGUUACACGUAGCUAUUAUAUAAUAACUAUAAUAAUCAUAAUUAUAAUAAGCAAUGUCAUCACGAUGUCAUUUAGGAGCCUGUGCUAUUCAUGUAAAGAAAUUAAUAAAUUAAUAACUUAUACUAUGGCUUAGCUUGACUCUACAUUUGAGU